AUGUCAUUCAAAUCAGAGCCAUUGUUGCAGGGAAUAGCUGACACCCUCAGCAAAAAUGAGGCGCUAAAAGAAAGAACCCUUCAAAAGACCAGAGCAAUUUUUGUCUUUAAUGUAAAAAAUAAGGAGGGUAAAGCCAAGGCAUGGGCCUUAGAUCUGAAAAAGGCAGGAACUUUAACAGAACUGAAGAGUACUGAGGAAUUGGAGGAAUUGAAGCCUGACGCUACUAUCACGAUCAAAGAUGGCGAUCUUCGUAGUUUGAUCCGGGGAAAGUCCAACCCUCAAAAACUUUUUAUGAGUGGGAAGCUGAAAAUCAAGGGAAAUGUGGCUAAAGCCGCUUCAAUCGAAACAGUGUUGAAGAGCACUAGGCCAGCCAAGUCCAAACUAUGA